ACCCAAUGUCAAUAUAAAAGUGCCACUGGAUCGACACAACACACCGUGUCUUCUGCGUGUCAUCUAAUCAAGCUUCACCAUCAAGCUAAACCACCGUAGCCAUGACCAAGAUCAUCUUCUACGAGGACAGGAACUUCCAGGGUCGCAGCUAUGAGACCAGCAGCGACUGCCCCGACCUCAACAUGUACCUAAACCGCUGCCAGUCGGUCAGGGUGGAAAUGGGCUGCUUCGUCAUCUACGACCGCUCCAACUUCAUGGGCAACCAGAUGUUCCUGAAGAGGGGAGAGUACUCCGACUUCCAGCGUAUGGGCUCCAUGAUGGGCGUGGGGGAUGUGACCAUGCUGGAGUCCAUCCGCUCCUGCCGCAUGAUCCCAAUGCACCGGGGACAGUUCAGAAUGAGGCUGUACGAGAGGGAGAGCUUCGGAGGCCAGAUGCACGAGCUGAUGGAAGACUGCGAGUCCAUCCAGGAGCGCUUCCGCAUGUCCGAGAUGCAGUCCUGCAACGUGAUGGACGGCCACUGGCUCAUGUACGAGCAGCCCCAUUUCAGAGGCAGGAUGAUGUACGUGAGGCCUGGAGAGUACAGGAGUAUCAGAGACAUGGGCAUGAGCACCAUGAUGAGAGUUCUCUCCAUCAGAAGGAUCAUGGAUGCCUGUGAGGGUCAGCGGCAUGUACAGUACAGUGUUGCUCAGCUGACUCAGCGUUUUAUACAACUGGGCGGUAGAUUCUUCUGGAGCUGCAUCAAGCAUAAAAGGCAGCACGCCAGUAGGGAGAACAACAGAAAUCAAAUAACUGUGACCAUGAACGGAAAGAUUAUCUUCUACGAGGAGAGGAACUUCCAGGGCUGCUCCUAUGAGUGCAGCAGCGACUGCUCCGAGCUCUCCUCUCACCUGAACAAGUGCAACUCCUGCAGGGUGGAGAGUGGCAUGUUCAUGGUGUACGACCGGCCCAACUACAUGGGCCACCAGUACUUCCUGAGGAGGGGAGAGUACCCUGAGUACCAGCACAUGAUGGGCUUCAACGACUGCAUCAGGUCUUGUCGUAUGAUCCCCCAGCACAAGGGCCAGUUCAGGAUGAGGAUCUACGAGAAGGAGAACUUCGGAGGCCAGAUGCACGAGGUGAUGGACGACUGUGACUCUAUCCAGGAGCGUUACCAUAUGCCCGAGAUGCAGUCCUGCAACGUGAUGGACGGCCACUGGGUCAUGUACGAGCAGCCCCAAUUCAGAGGCAUGCAGACCUACCUGAGGCCUGGAGAGUACAGGAACACAAGAGAGAUGGGAAUGGGGAAUGAUGAAAUGAGGUUCCAGUCCAUGAGGCGCAUCAGCGGCGAUGCUGCCUUUUAAAUGUGCUGUCUUUAAAGAGUGCAACGACUUUUUAAUAAACAUUUUAAACCUUCA